AUGAUUGUGUUGAAGCCGUAUCAAGAAAUCUUUGCGGCAUCUCCGGCAACAACGAGAGGACAAGGCACCACGAUUAGCGUAGACGCCAAGGGAGAGAAACUGUUCUAUGGCUGUGGCAGAAGCGUGAUCAUUCGUAGCGUCUCUAACCCUCUUUCAGCAGAAGUGUUCACUGAACACGCCAAGGAUGUUACUGUUGCUAAACCAUCGCCAUCAGGCGCAUGGGUUGCGUCAGGAGAUGCCUCUGGUGUAGUCAAAGUUUGGUCGCUUGACAACCCCGAGCAUAUCAUCAAGUUUGAAGCUCAGUGCCUUGGAGGAGCCAUCCAUGACAUUCAGUGGUCUCCGGACAGCCAAAGGAUUGUUGCCGUCGGUGAUGGGAAGGACUCGUUUGGACGUGUCUUCAUGUGGGAUACCGGAAGCAGCGUUGGAGAGAUUGCGGGACACAGCAAGAAGAUUCUCUCUUGUGAUUUCAAGCCUGUCAAGCCCUUCCAGAUCGCUACAGCAUCAGAGGAUUUCCAGGUUACGCUGCUGGAUGGACCUCCCUUCAAGUUUGCCAAGACUCUCAAGGACCAUACCAAAUUCGUCAACUGUGUCCGAUAUUCGCCCGAUGGCACCAAAUAUUGCACCGUUGGAUCCGACAUGCUUGGUUUCAUCUAUGAUAGUGCAUCGAGCUCAAAGAUCGGGGAGCUUAAGGGACACAAGGGAACCAUCUACGCGUGCUCCUGGUCGUCAGACUCUUCCAAGAUUGUCACAGCCUCCGCAGACAAAACUGUCAUUGUGUGGGAUGCCAACACAUACGCGAACAUCGGAACUUGGAGCAUUGGAGGAGCAAAGCCCGCGACUGAGGACAUGCAGGUUGGGGUCGCGUGGGUUCCCAACAGCAACCAGAUCAUCUCGCUGUCCCUCCGAGGAGAUCUUACCUACCUUGACGCAGCCUCACCUGGAACCUUCAGUCGGGUGAUCAGGGGGCACAACAAGAACGUCACGGCUCUCACCACUGAUCCGAAGAAGGGUUUGAUCGUCUCUGCCAGCUACGACGGUCUCCUGCGUCGCCCAUCUGACAUGCAACAGGGCAAGUGGCACACCAACGCCAUCGCUGAUCACGCCAUCUGCGGAGAUACCCUUGUGUCUUGUGGCCUUGAUGACACUUUUCGUACCGCUGACCUCAGCAAGAUGGAAGUGGUCGGAGAAUCCUUGUCGCUCGGAGGUCAGCCAGCUGGGCUCAGCCUCUCGAAUGAUGGACAGCUCUGUGUUAUCGCUACCAACAAGGCCCUCCUGUGCGUCAGAAAGCAGGUGAGCUCCCUGCAGGUGGCUGUGGCGUGCGAGGACAACAAGAUUCGCAUCUUCUCUCUGGCUGGCGACAAGCUCUCGCCCGCCCAGGAGCUAGCGGAGCAUCACAGCUCAGUGACCAAGGUGGCAUACUCGCCAUGCGGCAAGCUGUUGGCGUCUGGCGAUGUGGGGAAGGAAGUGAUCCUAUGGGAUGCCGUCAGCAAGUCCGUCAAGACCAAGGGCAUGACUUUUCACCUCGCCAAGAUCACGUGCUUGGAUUGGUCUCCAGACUCGUCUAAGUUCGCCACCGGCGGGUUGGACUCCAAGAUCAUCGUGUGGAGCGUGGAAGGUGGCCCGAACAAGAGGACGGUGCUAGACCGAGCCAAUGUGGGUGGAGUGACAGCUGUGAAGUUCCUUUCCCCUGGUCAACUUGUGUCAACUGGCGCGGAUUGCAACAUCAAAGUCUGGGUGGUGUGA